AUGAAGUCACCCACGGCGUGGCCCCUUCUGACGGCGGCGGCCGCCCUAUUUCAUGGUGUCUCGGUUUCGGCCCUGAGCGCCGCGGAGUGGCGGUCCCAGACCAUCUACCAGGUCAUGACGGACCGGUUUGCGCGGACGGACGGGUCAACGACGGCGCCUUGCAGCACCGCCGAGGCUACCUACUGCGGUGGUACGUGGAAGGGCAUCGCCCAGAAGCUCGACUACAUCCAGGGUCUUGGUGCAACGGCCGUGUGGAUUUCCCCAUUUGUCAAGAAUGUCAUGGGAAAUUCCCGCGACGGUGAUUCGUACCACGGCUACUGGGCCCAGGACAUAUGGGAACUCAACCCACUCUUUGGCACUGCCGAGGACCUCGUCGCCCUUGCCGACGCCCUGCACGCCCGUGGCAUGUACCUCAUGGCCGAUGUAGUCACAAACCACAUGGCCUGGCACGGGUCUAGGGACUCGGUCGACUACUCCAUCUACCGCCCCUUCUCCAAUGCCUCCCUCUACCACCGUCCCCCGUGUGUUAUCGACUACGCAAUCCAGGAAACGGUCGAAAAGUGCUGGCAGGGUAGCAACGACGUCGCACUACCGGACCUGCGCACCGAAGACCCGCGUGUGCGGCAGGUCUUCAACGCGUGGAUCAAGCGCGUCGUACGCAAGUACAAGUUCGACGGUCUGCGUCUCGACAGCGCCAAGCACGUCGAGAAGGAAUUCUGGCCGCCCUUUGAGGCCUCGGCGGGGGUGUUCGCGAUGGGCGAGGUCCUCCAUGGCGACCCGGUCUAUGUCGUCCCCUACCAGGACGUCAUGAGCGGCCUCCUGAACUAUCCGGUCUACUACUGGGUCACCCAAGCCUUCCAAUCGACGCAGGGGAGCAUAUGGAACCUCUCCAACGGCAUUAAGCAGCUCGUUGAGGCCGCCCGCGACUUGACGCUCUACGGCGGCUUCCUCGAGAAUCACGACCAACCGCGCUUCCUGAGUCACACCGGCGAUCGCACCCUUCUCAAGAACGCGCUGACCUUCACCCUGCUCAUGGAUGGCAUCCCCAUCAUCUACCAGGGUCUGGAGCAGGGAUACACCGGCGCCGAUGUCCCCCACAACCGCGAGGCCCUGUGGCUGUCUGGCUACGACACGCAGUCGGAGCUGUAUCGAUGGGUGUCUAAGUUCGUGGCGCUGCGGUCCAAGAUGGCGGCGCUCGACGGCGGUUACCUCUACUACAAGUCGCUGCCGGUCUUCACCGACCCUCACGUCAUCGCAAUGCGCAAAGGGUUCGACGACAACCAGGUCGUGAGCGUCUACUCCAAUGUCGGGAGCAACCGCACAUUCAACGUGCAACUCAGUCGGGACCAAACUGGGUUCCAGCCGUGCAAGUUGAUCCUCGAGGUCGUCAAGUGUCGUCCGUACGUGACGGAUGGAAGCGGCACGCUUAAGGCGGAGAGCGGGAGCGGGGAGCCGCUCGUUUUUGUUCCGGCCGAGAGGGUAAUGGGGACCGGUAUCUGUACCGGUGGCAUAGGCAAGCCUCCUCCUCCUCCCCCUCCCUCCUCUGCCCGUCGCAAGCCCUCUCCUACCACGAGUGCUGCCCAAUAUUCCACAACCCGCCUCGCUUUUGAGAGUACCGAUUUUAACGUAGAUUUUAUAGGACGAUUUAAUAACAUCACUUCGUCGCCUUGCCUGAAAGUCCCUGCAGUAACCGUGCGUGUCAACGUGUCAACAAUUUUGGAGAACAAACAGGGAACGACGUACUAG